UCCUUCCAAUUGGGUCCGGUUGACCCGGAAGCUUUCCUCGCCCUAUUCUAUUGUCAACAUGGCGGUGAAUCUAACUGAAUUGUCUCUUCCACAGUUAGAAGGUUUGAAAACUCAGCUUGAUCAGGAAACAGAGUUCCUGUCAUCAUCCAUAGGCCAGCUGAAAGUCGUCCAAACUAAAUAUGUUGAGGCCAAAGACAGUUUGAAUGUACUUAACAAAAACAAUGAAGGAAAAGAACUACUUGUCCCACUCACCAGUUCUAUGUAUGUGCCUGGGAAACUGAAUGAUGUGGAUCACGUCUUAGUAGAUGUUGGAACAGGUUAUUUCGUGGAGAAGAAAGUAGAGGAUGGAAAAGAGUUCUUUAAGCGGAAAAUCGACUUCCUUACAAAACAAAUUGAGAAAAUUCAGCCUGCCCUUCAAGAAAAACAUGCUAUGAAACAAGCUGUUGUGGAAGUCAUGAAUAUGAAGCUCCAGCAGCUGCACAGCCAACAGUCAUCACAGUCUGGCACCACUAAAGCCUAAAACGGCUCCAAGCAGCAUGGCAGAAAAAUUUGGGGAGAUCCUCAGCGUUUACCUUUCAGAUGGAUCCAUUCUGAACCUUUGAAAUGGAGAACCACUGCUGUGAUGUCAAUAUGUUCACAUCUCCUCGGGGAAGAAGGAUGUCCAGCACUUUGCCUGCAUCAAACAACUAAUCAAUUUUUCUGUUCCAUGUUUUCACUCUCAUGUUUAGUGAACAAAUGAAGCAUUGGCCUCAGCCUGGCUGUAUCCACAAAGCCUCCCAGCGCUGGGAUUAAUGUCUUUUGGAGGAGAUUUACUUUGUGGCACAACAUGGCUUUGUGGCAAACAUUUGCCAUGGGUUUUUUUUAAUGCAUCAAAUAUUUGGAUGCAAAUAUUUACAUCUAAAAUCGGCUAAAGAAAGCGUUCUUGCUUUUCUAAUAGUGAAUUUACAGAAAUGCACAAGUAUCUGCAUUUCAUUACUUGUAUUUUCAUGUGUCAAAACAAUAAAAGAAAUGGCUUGAUUUGGUGUCCUAAGCAGAGGAGUUACUAGUACAUGUUAAAUUGAGCAGAAAUGUUAUGACUACUGUAAAAUGUUUGUAAAGUUUUCCAUCCAUGCUGAAAAAAAAUUUAAUAAAAAGCUGACACUCCA